GUCUCCUUGGCGGGGAGCCGCUCAGGGACCUCCCCUGGCUCGCAGCAGGGGAUUCGUCCGUCCGGCGGGCGGUCCCGGCGUCUGGGAGCGCAGCUGGUCACGCGGGGAGCGGCGGCGGGGACGGGGCGUGCCGGAGCGGGCGGGGCGGGGCCUCGGGCCGCCUCGGCACAGCUCUUAGGGCCCGCUCCGCGCUUCAGCUGCAGACAAGGGUCGUCGCUUCGGUGCCUGUCACUUCUGUCGCCACCUCCUCCGCCACCAACACUGGCCGUCACCAUGAACCCCGACCUGCGCAAGGAGCGGGCCGCCGCCACCUUCAAUCCGGAACUGAUCACGCACAUCUUGGAUGGCAGUCCAGAGAACACCCGGCGCCGCCGAGAAAUCGAGAACUUGAUUCUGAACGAUCCAGACUUCCAGCAUGAAGACUAUAACUUCCUCACUCGCAGCCAACGCUACGAGGUGGCUGUUAAGAAGAGUGCCACCAUGGUGAAGAAGAUGAGGGAAUUUGGCAUCUCAGACCCUGAAGAAAUCAUGUGGUUCAAAAAACUACAUUUGGUCAAUUUUGUGGAACCUGUGGGCCUCACUUACUCCAUGUUUAUUCCUACCUUGCUGAAUCAGGGCACCACUGCUCAGCAAGAGAAAUGGAUGCAUCCGUCCAAAGAUCUCCAGAUAAUUGGUACCUACGCCCAGACGGAGAUGGGCCACGGAACUCAUCUUCGAGGCCUGGAGACCACUGCCACAUACGACCCCAAAACCCAAGAGUUCAUUCUCAACAGUCCCACUGUGACUUCUAUUAAGUGGUGGCCUGGGGGACUUGGGAAGACUUCCAAUCAUGCAAUAGUUCUUGCUCAGCUCAUCACUCAAGGGGAGUGCUAUGGAUUACAUGCCUUUGUUGUCCCUAUCCGUGAAAUCGGAACCCACAAGCCCUUGCCAGGUAUUACUGUUGGGGAUAUUGGCCCCAAAUUUGGUUAUGAAGAGAUGGAUAAUGGCUACCUGAAGAUGGACAAUUACCGUAUUCCUAGAGAGAACAUGCUGAUGAAAUACGCCCAGGUGAAGCCUGAUGGCACAUAUGUGAAGCCCUUGAAUAACAAGCUGACGUAUGGGACCAUGGUGUUCGUCAGGUCCUUCCUCGUGGGAGAUGCAGCUCGGUGUCUGUCCAAGGCAUGCACCAUUGCCAUACGAUACAGCGCUGUGAGGCACCAGUCUGAAAUCAAGCCAGGUGAACCAGAACCACAGAUUUUGGAUUUUCAAACCCAGCAGUAUAAACUCUUCCCACUGCUGGCCACUGCCUACGCCUUCCACUUUGUAGGAAGGUACAUGAAGGAGACCUACCUUCGAAUUAAUGAGAGCAUUGGCCAAGGGGACCUGAGCGAGCUGCCCGAGCUUCAUGCCCUCACUGCUGGGCUUAAGGCUUUUACUACAUGGACGGCCAAUGCUGGUAUUGAAGAAUGUCGGAUGGCUUGUGGUGGGCAUGGCUAUUCUCACAGCAGCGGAAUUCCAAAUAUUUACGUCACUUUUACCCCAGCCUGCACCUUCGAGGGAGAGAACACUGUCAUGAUGCUACAGACGGCCAGGUUCUUGAUGAAAAUCUAUGACCAGGUGCACUCGGGGAAGCUGGUGGGUGGCAUGGUGUCCUACUUGAAUGACCUGCCCAGUCAGCGGAUCCAGCCGCAGCAGGUGGCGGUCUGGCCAACUGUGGUGGACAUCAACAGCCUGGACAGCUUGACUGAAGCCUACAAGCUUCGUGCAGCCAGAUUAAUAGAAAUUGCUGCAAAAAACCUAAAGACUCAUAUGAGUCACAGGAAGAGCAAGGAAGUAGCAUGGAACCUGACUUCUGUUGACCUUGUUCGGGCGAGUGAGGCUCAUUGCCACUACAUGGUGGUUAAGAUCUUUUCAGACAAACUCCCCAAGAUCCAAGACAAAGCCGUCCAGGCUGUCCUGAGGAAUCUGUGUUUCCUGUAUUCUCUCUAUGGGAUCAGCCAGAAAGGAGGAGAUUUUCUUGAGGGGAACAUCAUCACAGGGGCUCAGAUGUCACAAGUAAACAGCCGGAUACUGGAAUUGCUCACACUAAUCCGCCCCAAUGCUGUUGCUCUGGUGGAUGCCUUUGACUUUAAGGAUAUGACACUCGGCUCUGUUCUUGGCCGCUAUGACGGGAACGUGUACGAGAACUUGUUUGAGUGGGCCAAGAAGUCCCCGCUGAACAAAACGGAGGUCCACGAGUCCUACUACAAGCACUUGAAACCCUUGUUGUCCAAGCUCUGAGCGUCCCUGGGACACGCCCAUCUGCUUCAGGCAGCAGCCGGACAUCUCUCCUCCUCACUUCACUGAUCCUCGGGAAAUCUUCAUCACAUUUGUGUAGCUCUAGAGCAGAUGAUGAGUUGGCCUUUUUCCUCUCUAUAAGUAAAGAAAAAUGAGCAGAUGAAAUGAGAAAUUCAGUAUGUUUUAAGUAACACGGAGACUUGGAGGUACUCAGAGGCUUCACGGCUGUACUGCUGCUAAUCGCAGUAGGCCAUGACUUUGAGGAAUUAACAGAGUUUAACUACUAAAUUCUUAGUGUCACAUUUUUCCUGCUAAUCACUGGAUAUAUGUUUUUUAAAGCAAAGGUGUUUUAUAAGGUGGGAUUUUCCAGACUUUCCAGCCUACAUGAUCUACACUGAGGACAGAUUGGGAGCCAGGAACCCUGACAGAUGUGGGUGUGCGGCUGGUGCCUGCCUGCCUGCUCUGCUGGUGUUGCCCCUGUCAACUUUGAUGUUCACAGAGCCGACGAGACCCCUCAGCACACAUCCACCUGGGAGCCAUAAGCCUGAGUUGGGAGUGACCAUCCAUCCCAGGCUCUACCUUUCCUGGUAGUCGAAUGUCAUAGCACCUGUGGUCCCCACUUUCUGACAUAGGAACCAUGGUUAUCUUCCCUUAUUUGACCGUUGCCUGGACUUCAGUCAUGGUGGCUGACAUCUUCCGUUUCUUGCUUGCCUCCUCCUGAAAGAGGUACUAAAGACAGUAACUGUCCUUCCUUGUAGAUUAAGUGUAGGAGAGCCCUCAGCUGUGGUACUGCUGUAUUUUGGUGACUUUAUUAAGUAAAUUUCCUGGGACAAUCCAGAUUUGAAAGAUUGUGUCAUCGUGUCGUAAGCUGUUAAAGUGCUUGGUGGUCAAGUAUCUGGCCUAUAAAUCACUCAGGUCACUUUUUACACCCCGCAACAGCAGAAAACCUUUUGCCACAGCCACGUGCUGUGGUUUCUAGUUCAGAAGAUGUAAUCAUUGAUUCGGGCUGGAGGACGAUUAGAGGUCGCAGCUAGUUUCUUGCUGAUGAGUACCUGGCUUCGUGGUAAGCCGCUAGUAGCCUUACCUGGGUGGUCAAUUGACCCCUUCAGUUGCAGUCCAGUCUUUACAAUCACUGUGCUUAAAGGUGAAAGAAAUACACCUUUUGUGGUGUGUGUGUGUGUGUGUGCAUUCUUUGUGUGUUGAUUUUUUGUUUGUUUUGUUUUGAGAUAGGGCCCAGACUGACCUUGAACUCUUGAUCCUCAGUCUCCCGAGUGCUGUGAUUACAGAUGUAUGCCACCAUGCCUGGCUAAUAAGGACUCUGUUCAUAAAAUCACAGUAGAGAAAACAUUUUAACCUGUUAACUCUGUAUCCAUGGCAUUUGCAUCAUGAAAAAAUUCAGAACAUUAUACUAUUGAGAACACAGUAUAAUGGAGUGGAAAUAAUGUCCCAGGGGAGUUGAUAACAUUAGAUUGUUGACACAAGCCUUAACCUUUCUGCUGGAACAACUGAUAAUUGCUUAAGAUUGAAGAUUAGCACUAUAUCACUUCAUUUGGGUUUCUAUUGACAUUAGUUCAUAUUCUGGAAAAUAAAUAAAUUUAAAUGACUGAA